CGACGCCCGGCUCGGCGCUUUAAAAGUCCGCCUGACGGCGGCGGAAAACACCAAGACCGGCGAGACCGCGCCCCGACGGCCAACCAGCAGCCCGAUGGCGGAGCAGGUGGCCCUGGUGAUUGGGGGCAUCCUUGGGGGGCUGCUGCUGCUGCUGCUACUGUUGAUCGGGGUGAGCUGCUGUCUCUGGAAGAGGCUUCGUGCCUUGUUCACCUAUGAGGAGCUGCCGGGGACCGAGGCUGUCUCCAGCUCACAGGGGAACAAGAUUUGCUCACCAGAUGCCAGGACCCAGGCAAGCAGGCCACCAGGUGUGCCAUUCGUGGUGCCCCCUUCUAUCCAAAGCCGAGACUGGGUGCCCCUGAGCAGCGGAGAGUGGGCCCAGGCCCCACAGGACCCCUGCCCAGCCCCAGAGCUCCUGCCACAGGCUACCAACAGCAGUUUUGGAGGUACAUGUGUGGUGGGGACCAUCAACCCAGAGCUGUACAAGUUCCCAGAAGACCAGAGUGAGACCGACUUCCCUGAGGGCUGCCUGGGGCGGCUGUGGUUCUCCGUGGAAUACCAGCAGGAGGCAGAGCGGCUGCUGGUGGGCCUGAUCAGGGCGCAGAGGCUACAAGCCCCCUCAGAGACCUGUAGCCCCCUGGUGAAGCUCCACCUGCUGCCAGAUGAGCGGCGCUUCCUCCAGUCCAAGACCAAACGCAGAACUGCCAGCCCACAGUUCGACGAGCACUUCAUCUUCCAGGUGUCCAGCAAGAGUGUCGCCCAGAGGGUGCUGAGGUUCUCAGUGUACCACGUGGACAAGCAGAGGAAGCACCAGCUCCUGGGCCAGGUGCUGUUCCCCCUGAAGAAAGAGACCCUGGCGGGCGACUGCCGGCACAUCAUCUGGAGAGACCUGGAGGCUGAGAGCCUGGAGCCUCCCUCAGAGUUUGGCGACCUCCAGUUCUGCCUUAGCUACAAUGACUGCCUGAACCGCCUCACCGUGGUCGUGCUGCGAGCCAAGGGCCUCCAGCUCCAGGAGGACAUGAGUUUUGUCAGUGUGUUUGUCAAAGUGUCUCUGAUGAACCACAACAAGUUUGUCAAGAGCAAAAAGACCUCAGCCGUGCUGGGCUCCGCCAGCCCUGUGUACAGUGAGACCUUCAGCUUCAGAGUCGACCCUGCCGAGCUGGACACUGCCAGCCUCAGCCUGACAGUGCUGCAGAGCACCGGAGAGGACAGGAGCCACGAGCUGGGCCGGGUGGUGGUGGGCCCCUACAUGUACGCCCGCGGCAAAGAGCUGGAGCACUGGAACGAGAUGCUCAGCAAACCCAAGGAGCUGGUGAGGCGCUGGCAUGUGCUCUGCUGUACCACCGAGCUUUGACUUAGGCGGGGCCCUCAGGUCUGCUCCGGGAGGCCUCUUCCCAUAGCCAUGCCUGACAGCCACAGGCCUGAACACUACAUCCAGCAUCUCAUUGGGCUGUGGGGCCAGCCCGAGCUGGGGGAACAUGAAUGCUGAUGUGCAGGAGAGAAGAGGGGAAAAAGAGCCCCGGGUGGGGCCGCGGUAUGGCUAGUGAUUAGCAUCUCCCCAGCCUGAGAGCCCUCUGACUCACUCUGUCCUUCUAUACCCACUGGGCUGCCUGGGCUGAGAAUCCUGGCUCCUGGUUAUCACCAUCACAGUCUGGACCAGAAUCUCAUGCACACGGCAGAAAUACUCUAUUCAGUGAUAGUGUAGCUGUGUCAUCUAGGUGGAAGUGCCGGGUAAACUUGGAAAACUGAUGAUGUGUUGAUGCUCAGCCUACACUGUUUUUCUGCUGUGGUUUCUCUGCCUUCUGCCUUGUGAAGAAAGCAGGCUGUUCUGGGAGAAAUAAUGGGAGGGGGAGCAGGGGAUAUUUCAGUUGGUCCACAAUAAAGAGCUCAGUCUGAGAACUAGGUGGAAGUGUAGGUCUGGAACAGUCCCAGGCUGCCCAGGCAACACAGUGUGCCUGCAGCUCAGGAGGGAAGGUACCCGGGAAUCAUGACUGUGAGAGGAUCUGUGGCCAUGAGCAGCCUGCCCAGGUACCAAGUGGUGGACAGGUUCUCAGUACCCGCUCCCAAUGCUAGGCAAGGAAGAGCUCACCUCUGUGUUAGGUCCCUCCCCAGGGCUGUGUCUAAUCCUGUCCCAUGUCAUGUCAAGUCUUGCCUGCAGCUCACCCUCCCCCGAAUCCAAGGCCUCACACAGUUGGUUUGAUAGGUGGUCUGCUACCAGUUUCUGUGGUUCCCCUGUUUAACAGCAUUCAGCUCCGGGGGCUCUCACUUUGGGUAAGAAAUGGUGAAAGCACAUGGCCAAAGCAUAGCCCACAGGACUGAGAGCUUUUCCUUUAAAUCUAGCAAUUCCAUUAUGGUUACUGCAUUAUGGUAGGCAUCGGUGUUAACUUCAUUAAGAUAGAGGUUCCGAAACCACCGUCAUCAACUCCCCAUGCAGAUGCACUCAGGGUCCUGGGAGCCCAUGGGCUUGUCACUGUCACUUACCAGGCAGUUUGUAUUUUCACCCAAAUGCUACUGAACUGGCAGAUUCAAGCCCAGUUACUGUUAAUUAAAACAACACUUAGACAACCUACAGAACAGGAGAAAAUAGUUGUAAAUGAUGCAACUAACAAGGGCUUAAU